ACGGAUCCCAGACCCACGGAUCCUGACCCAUGGAGCCCAGACCCACGGAUUCUGGACCCACAGAUCCUGGACCCACGGAGCCCAGACCCACAGAUCCAGGACCCACAACCUCCGGACCCAUGGAGCCCAGACCCACAGAUCCUGGACCCACAGCCCCCAGACCAACGGAGCCCAGACCCAUGGAUCCUGGACCCACAGAUCCUGGACCGAUGGAGCCCAGACCCAUAGAUCCUGGACCCACAGAGCCCGGACCCAUGGAGCCCAGACCCAUAGAUCCUAGACGCACAGAUCCUGAACCCAUGGAUCCUAGACCCACAGAUCCUGGACCCACAGAUCCCAGACCCAUGGAGCCCAGACCCACAGAUCCUGGACCCACAGAUCCUGGACCCACGGAGCCCAGACCCACAGAUCCAGGACCCACAACCUCCAGACCCACGGAGCCCAGACCCACAACCUCCAGACCCAUGGAGCUCAGACCCACGGAUCCUGGACCCACAGCCCCCAGACCCACAGAGCCCAGACCCAUGGAUCCUGGACCCAUGGAUCCUAGACCCACAGAUCCUGGACCCACAACCUCCGGACCUACGGAGCCCAGACCCACAGAUCCUGGACCCACAGCUCCUGGACCCACAACCUCCAGACCCAUGGAGCUCAGACCCACGGAUCCUGGACCCACAGCCUCCAGAGCCACGGAUCCCAGACCCACGGAUCCUGACCCAUGGAGCCCAGACCCAUAGAUCCUGGACCCACAGAGCCCGGACCCAUGGAGCCCAGACCCAUAGAUCCUAGACGCACAGAUCCUGAACCCAUGGAUCCUAGACCCACAGAUCCUGGACCCACAGAUCCCAGACCCAUGGAGCCCAGACCCACAGAUCCUGGACCCACAGAUCCUGGACCCACGGAGCCCAGACCCACAGAUCCAGGACCCACAACCUCCGGACCCAUGGAGCCCAGACCCACAGAUCCUGGACCCACAGCCCCCAGACCCACGGAGCCCAGACCCAUGGAUCCUGGACCCACAGAUCC